AUGGCCAACAGAUCGCGGGGCAUCUCCGAGGAAGAGCUCUUCAUGAGCCGUCCGGCAGAUGAAUGCGACAGCCCUACGGUCGAGCCUCUGAGAAUAUUCAGGCCCCAGAGCCCGAACACAGGGACGACUGACCACUCUAGCUCCGAGCGCUUUCGCUAUCCGCCGCCGCCGUCCUCUUCGUCCACAGCGUCCAGGCCUGUCGGUACCAGCUCGACACGGCCCUCAUUUCCCCUGCCUCCGGGUGCUUCAAGCUCGGCCAACCCGCUGCCGUAUCCGGUUGACGACGAGAUUCUGCCACAGGCUCACAAAGUCAGCCGGCCACCGUAUCCCGACGACGACCGCCCUAGCAACAGUGGACGGCCACAUGUGUCUACAGGCGGCAGCUACAACGACAUUUCGCCGCGGUUGCCCCUUAGUCCUACUGGAAAGAAGCCCGGCCUGGCCGAGAGACGAGGGGCUGUGCCAACGUCACUGUCGCCGACGAGUCCUGUCGACAACGAUGAGUUCUUUGCCAAGCCAAUAAGCCAAGCCCCCAAGCAGAAAAUAUCCACCAGCUACCAGAACAAGCCCUAUUACCCGCCGCCGGCCGCGUCAUCGUCCUCAUCUUCGUCUGUCCCCACUACAGCCCCGGCAGCUGGACCCGGGUCGGUCGGUCGGCCACGCACCGAUUCCGACUCGCUGCAAAUGGCCGUGGAACUCGAUGGUGGUGGCGGUGGUGGCAGUGGCAUGAACCGGUUUGCAUCCACGGCCUCCACGUCGACCACACGCGCCAGCCGCGGGUCGCCGCCUCCGCCGGAGACGCCUAUUGUGGAACCAGGCAACGUUCCCGGUGGCGGCAUCGAGGCGCGCUAUGCGGCUGCCGGCAUCUCUGGCACGGCUACGCUCAACAGCUUCCAGUCUCCAAGUGCGGCAGCUGCACAGCGUCUGGCACAUUACGGACGCCCAGUUGCGACACCCCAGCCGGCGCCACCAAUUCAGCGUCCGUGGACACCAACCGAGUCACCGGACAGUCAGCCACACGGGCCACCCACCGUGUACCAAGGAACCACUCCUGUGCAGAGCCCACCUCCGCCUGUUGGGAGCUCGGCCCCGCCAGUGCACCCGGCCCUUGCUGGCGCCGGCGACGGCAACACAAACCAGACGAACCUGCAGGUGAGCGUGUUGGAGCAGGACUUUCAGCGGAUGCAGGCAUCCACGCCUCCGCCAGCCUACACCAGUGUAAAUCCCAGCGGUCCCUCGUCCUACCCACAGGAGAAGCAACAGGCGGCCCAAGCCCAACAAGCAGCCCAAGCCCAGCAGGCGGCCCAGGCUCAGGCACAGGCCCAGGCACAGGCACAAGCACUGGCACAGGCACAAGCACUGGCACAGGCACAAGCACUGGCACAGGCACAGGCCCAGGCCCAGGCCCAGGCACAAGCACAAGCACAAGCACAAGCACAAGCACAAGCACAAGCUCAGGCUCAGGCUCAGGCUCAGGCUCAGGCUCAGGCUCAGGCUCAGGCCCAGGCUCAGGCCCAGGCUCAGGCCCAGGCUCAGGCCCAAGCACAGGCUCAGGCUCAGGCACAACCCCAGACUGCGGCAAUAUCUCGUCCGCAAUCCACCCCGGCAGUGGUGGCAGUAACCCCAGCAGCAGCUGUGCCUGUGGCGACGUCGGGCUAUGCCCCGGCAGCAGCAGCCAUGGCAGGGGGCGUGGCAGCGGCUGCUUCGAUACCGGCUUCUGAGGUCAAGCAUCCUAUCAUGAGCAAUCCUCUGGCGUCACCAGGCCUGCACAAUGCUGGCCAUCCGGCAUUUGCCAACGACCGGCCCGAAAGCACGCAGCAAAACGCUGCAGCAGGUGGACUAGCACACAAACCGUCCGUUCAGGGAAUGCAGUCGCCACCACCGCUGCCAGAAGGCUGGAUCUCACAUCUGGACCAGAACUCGGGCCAGUACUACUACAUCCAUCUAGCCACACAGGCCACGCAAUGGGAGUUUCCCAAGGGUCCGAACCCGAUCCACCACGAUCCCACGCCGCUGUCACCGGCCACAUCGACGUACGGCAAUCCGCUGGGGUCGCCGUUUGCAAAGCAGUCAAUCGCAUCGCCCAUGUACCCACCGACGCCGGGCUACGCAGAGAGCAUCACGAGCUUGGCCGCAUCGGCGGCACCGACGGCCGGCUUUGCGGGACCACCGCCCAGCGCAGGCGUGGACAUGUACAAGAUCGCGCCCACCAACGGGGUGUACUUUGGGCCGUAUCUACGCUAUGUCAACAUGGACGUGGAGAAGGGCAUCUGGCUAGGCAGCAUCAUGAUCGUAACAGACGCGCCACAGCCGCCGACAAUCCACAUCCACCUGAGCGUCGACCUGUCGCCCAACCCGCGGCAGCUGGUGUCGUACAGCAUCUCGACGCACCAGCGCUGGACGUUUUACAAGUACGAUAUCGACCUGCAGAUGAGCGAGCACGGCACGGAGCGCUGGACGUAUGCGGUGACGUCGCACCUAGGCUGCACGCGCUACGAGUUUGCCGUGGCCGGGCGGCACGAGCUGGGCUGGCGGUUCAUCGCGCAUUCGGGCAACGAUUUUGCACCAUCGACGUCGCAGACCGAGCGCAAUCGGCUAGGUGGCCUGGAUUUUAUGUGGAAGGACGUGCUGCAGAAGAACGUCGAGUGUGGCGGUUUCCACGUGCAGCUGGGGCUGGGCGACCAGAUCUACGGCGAUCGGCUAUGGCGCGAGGUGCCGCUGCUGCAGCAGUGGCUGGCCAUCUCUGGGCGCGAGAACCGCAGGAAUGUGCAGUGGACGGCCCGACACGAGGAAGACGUGCUGCACGCCUACUUCCACUACUACACGUCGCACUUUGACCAGCCGUUUCUGCGCGAGGCUUUUGCGCAAAUUCCGCAUAUCCUGCAGGUGAACGAUCACGACAUAUUCGACGGCUUUGGAUCGUACCCUGACUACAUGCAGCAGACGGCGGUGUUCAAGAACAUUGGCCGCAUCGCCGUGGAGAUGUACCUGCUCUUCCAGCACCACACGACGAUCGAGAUCCUGCGCAAUGUACACACGGACCACGACGUGUUCACGAUCACGGGUGCGGGAUGGCACUUUGUCAAGUACCUCGGGCCGGCGGUGGUGGUGGUGGGCCCCGACUGCCGCUCGGAGCGGACACAAACGCGCGUGCUGGCAGGCCCGACGUACCAGGGACUGUUUCCCAAGGUGGCGCUGCUGCCGCCGAGCGUGCAGCACUGCCUCUGGAUGCUGUCGGUGCCGGUGGUGUAUCCGCGGCUAGAGACGAUGGAGACGUUGGCCAAUACAUUCCAGACGGGCAAGAAGGCGGUCAACACGACGUACAACCUGGUGGGCAAGCUGACAAGCUCGGUAGCCGGCGUGGUCGGUGGGCGGGAGGUGGUGCAGCAGGGCUUCUCGUCGGUCAAGAAGGCGAUUGGCAAGUCGGGGUUGAUGGGCAACAUGCUCAACAACUUUGGCGAGUUUGGACUGGCGGAAGAGUUGCGCGACCUGUGGACACACGAGUCCAAGGACCUGGAGCGGACCUAUCUGAUCCGGACGUUGCAGGGCAUCGCGCAGCAAAAGGGGAUCCGCAUGACAUUUCUAUCAGGAGACGUCCAUUCAUGCGGCGCCGGCCUGUUGCACGACCCGUCGCACCCGUCGAACCACAAGACAAUGUACCAGAUCAUCUCGUCGCCGGUGGUUGGGGCUCCAGCCAACGGAUACAUGCUCAAGCUGCUGCACAACAACCGGCUGCUUUACGUGCCGCAGAACGGCCACCUGUCGACACACGAGGCAUCAGACACAAAGGAAGACAUGAUGGAAAUUUUCCAGCUGGACGCGUCGGGCAUGAUGCGCGAGUACAAGAAGUUGAUGAACCGCCGCAACUACGUGGCCGUGGUGGCCUACGACCCAGACACGCUUGCAGCCGGCGGCAGUGUAGCUUCGACGCCGGGUGGCGGCCAGCAGGGCCUCAGCAAGCUCAGCCUAGCCGUCGAUUAUGUCGUGCAGGGUGACGGCGGCUUCAGCGGCACGCCGACCAAAUAUGGGCCGGUGAUCAUCCCGCAUCUUGAGUUUGGGCGUUAG